UCCGGGCGCGGCGCUGGCGGUUGCCGCGGACCCCGAGGGCUCUUCGGCGCGGGGUCCGGCGCGGGGUCGUCGCGGUCGCCAUGAACUUCUCGGAGGUCUUCAAGCUCUCCAGCCAGCUCUGCAAGUUCUCCCCGGACGGCAAGUACCUGGCCUCCUGCGUCCAGUACCGCCUAGUGGUCCGGGAUGCGAACAGCCUUCAGAUCCUUCAGCUCUACACGUGCCUGGACCAGAUCCAACAUGUUGAGUGGUCGGCCGACUCCCUCUUCCUCUUGUGCGCCAUGUACAGGCGGGGGCUGGUGCAGGUGUGGUCCCUGGAGCAGCCCGAGUGGCACUGCAGGAUCGACGAGGGGGCUGCGGGGCUGGUGGCCUCCUGCUGGAGCCCGGACGGGCGCCACGUCCUCAACACCACCGAGUUCCAUCUGCGGAUCACUGUCUGGUCCUUGUGCACAAAGUCCGUCUCCUACAUCAAGUAUCCCAAGGCCUGUCAGCAGGGCAUCGCCUUUUCCCGGGACGGCCGCUACCUGGCCUUGGCCGAGAGGCGGGACUGCAAGGACUUCGUCAGCAUCUUCGUCUGCAGCGACUGGCAGCUACUGCGGCACUUUGACACGGACACCCAGGACCUCGCCGGCAUCGAGUGGGCCCCCAACGGCUGCGUGCUGGCGGCAUGGGACACCUGCUUGGAGUACAAGGUCCUGCUCUACUCCCUGGACGGCCGGCGGCUGGCGGCGUACUGUGCUUACGAGUGGUCCCUGGGCGUCAAGGCGGUGGCCUGGAGCCCCAGCAGCCAGUUCCUGGCGGUCGGCAGCUACGACGGGAAGGUGCGCGUUCUCAACCACGUGACCUGGACAGUGCUUGCCGAGCUCGGGCACCCCGCAGCCGUCAGCGACUCCAGAGUGGUGGUGUAUAAGGAAGCUGAGAAGAGCCCCCGGGGGUCGCUGGGCCGCCCUGCCUGCCCUCCUCCCAGGGCCGCCGAGAGCAAAUACGAGAUCGCCGCGGUGCCCGUGUCCCUGCAGACUCUGAAGCCUGCUGCUGACAGGGCGAACCCGAAGAUCGGCGUCGGCGCGCUGGCCUUCAGUCCCGACAGUUGCUUCCUGGCCACGAGGAACGACAACAUCCCAAAUGCUGUGUGGAUCUGGGACGUGCGGAAGCUGAGGCUGUUUGCGGUGCUGGAGCAGCUGGGCCCCGUGCGAGCCUUCCAGUGGGACCCGCAGCAGCCCCGCCUGGCCGUAUGCACGGGGGGCAGCAAAGUGUACCUGUGGUCGCCGGCCGGCUGCGUGUCCGUGCAGGUGCCCGGGGAAGGUGACUUCCAGGUGCUCUCUUUGUGCUGGCACUCGAACGGGGACUCGCUGGCCCUCCUCGGCAAGGACCAUUUCUGCCUGUGUUUCCUGGAGAUGGAGGGCGAGGGCGGCACAGCUCCCGGGACACAGGGCAGCCGCGCAUAGGGCAGGGCAGGAGCCGCGGGGGCGGGGGCGGGCGCACUGUGCCGGCCUGAGGGGGCGCCGGCCUCCCCGGGGCAGUUCUGCAGCUGCCGUGGGCCACAGGAGGUGGUUUGCUUUUUUUCCUAUAGCAAAGCAUUCUUGUAAAUAGGUAUGGUCUAAAGUUGUAAUUUUGGUUAUUUAAACACUUGUUAAUUCAUACAAA